CCAGCGUGACGUGAGCUUCCCCACAGUAAACUGAGUUUGUUUAUGUCUAUCGUCGCCGCCCUGGUGAAAUUUGGGUAGCAAAAUCAAACAUUUAAGCACGAAUUUUUUGCAUAUUAGGUUUUAUAGCAAACAAGCUAAACUUGUCCCUGUUUUUUUAACCAUGUUGAGAGGACUUCCGACCAUUCGAUCUUCCACCCGUCUUUGUUCGCUCAAUAAACCAAGGCGUUUCAACGUACCUAGUCGCUUUUACACGGCAGCCCCCACACCUGAAAUUGUCGCUGAUUACACCACAACAAAAGCGAAAGGAUCGUUAAGCAAGAAGAUAUUAUGGCUGACAUUAUUAACAGGCACUUUAUACACGGGCUCCACCUAUUUUGCCCUUAAGAAUGAAGCCUUUCAUGACACAUAUAUCACUUAUUUCCCUGGAGGCGAGCAAUUACUCGAUAAAUUGGAUGAUUGGGCUGCUGAAGAGCGUACUCAACAAUAUUAUAGAAAGUGGAUACAGUUAAAGGAAAAAACAGCCGAACACACAGAGACCGCACGAAAGUACGCCAAUACUACUAAAGAGACAGCUCAGGAUUGGUAUGAGUACGUAUCAGAUGCCAUUGCUCAAUUUCGAGGAGAGAAGGAGCCUCCAUUGCCACCAGGCUCCAAUCCUCCUACACCUGUUGGCGGUGGUAAUAAUGCACGCCUUCGUCAACAACGUUUGAGAAUGGCAGCUGCUAAGAGAGAUCCAUUGUUCACUAAUGUGCUUUAUACAUCUGAAAAGCAACCUAUACCAAAGUUCGAUUUGUCAGAGCACGAUGUUGUGAACCAAUUUGCAAAGACAGUCCAAGAUUUGGUUGUAUUGUUGAACGAAGCUGAUAUGUCAGGUCAUGCAAAACGAUUGGUUGAUUUCGCAACACGCGAUAUCGAAAGCCUCAACAAAGCUUUCGCUCUCAUCAAACAAGAAGAAAACAAAGCUCAACAAGAGAUUGCAGGACUUCACCAGGCAUUAUUGGCUUCCAAAAAACAUCUUGACUCUAAACAGCAAGAAGUCGAGCAAAAAUUACAGGAUGCUAAAGCUAGAGCAACUGCUCAAGUUGACCAACAUAUACAGGAACUUGAAUUAAAGUUGAAGAAGGAGACUGAUAGUUUGAAUAACCAGCAUAAGGAGACGCGGGAAAAGGAGCUGGCUACACAGCGUCAAGAGUACCUUCAGUUAUUAGAAAAUGAAUUGAAGCAGAAGGCAAUCGAAAUUCAAUCGGAAUAUGCUAGUCAAGUUCAGCAACAAGUAGAAACUGAACGCGGCGGCCGCUUAUCAAAGAUCGAUCAUGUUUCACAAAAACAAAUAGAACUUGAAAAGCUAGUGUAUGCCGAUGCAGAACUGUUGGAUGAUGUCAAAAAGGCACACCAACUAGUUGCUGCUAUUGAUGCUUUAAAAAGAGCUGCUUUAACAGGGGAGCAAGGAAAGUUCGUAGCAGAGUUAGAAGCGUUGAACCGCUUAAGUCAAAAGACUCCUUUUGCUAAAGUCAGUGAACGACAAAAUAGUGAACUUAUCCAAUUGGUUAUCAAGAGUAUCAAUGUUCAUGUUGCUAAUCACGGUGUUACUUCCCUUGCUUCUCUUUCUGACAAGUUUGAAACUGUGGCACGCGAAGUGCGUCGUGCCUCUUUGAUUCCCGACGAAAAUGCUUCCAUGAUGGCUCAUCUUGUAUCAAUUAUUUUCAGCAGUUUUAUGUUUAAAAAGAAGGGCCUUGUUCCUGGUGAUGAUGUUGAAUCCAGAUUAGCGCGCGCCGAAUAUUAUCUGAAUACAGAAAAAGACUUAGAAAGCGCUGCUCGUGAAAUAAACCAAUUAACAGGUUGGCCUAAACGUUUAUCAAUGGAUUGGCUGGAAGGUGCACGUCGCCAUUUGGAAGUAAAACAAGCUUUAGAUAUUCUAAAAUCUGAAGCUUCCUUAAUUAGUAUGUUACAAUCGAAAUAAUAAAGAUAUCCCCCGCCCCUUUCGCCUUUGAUUAACCUUUAACGAGCAUUUGUAAGAAAAAUUAAAUAAUUUAACGCUAUCAAAAAGAAAGACUCAGGACGGUUAGGAAGA